AUGCUAUUUAUUUUAUUAGUUAUAUUGAUAUCAGUGUUUUUAUGUAUAAAAUUUUUCAAACACUCCCACAAACAAAAGCUUAUUUGUAAAAUACCAGGCCCAAAAUCGUUACCUUUCAUAGGAAAUUCACGACAUUUCCAGCUGCCGCUUGAUAAGCUAUUCAUUUACUUAAGAAAACUCUACAAGAUUCAUGGAGGGAUUUACCAAAUACACGCCCCCAAUGUGCGAGCUGUUAAUAUAUUUGACCCCGCGGACGUAGAGGUAAUAAUGUCUUCGACCCGUUUUACCGAAAAAUAUCUUCCUUAUACAUUUAUGAAACCCUGGCUUGGUGAUGGACUUCUAGUUAGUAAUGGCAAUAAAUGGUAUCAACGACGAAAAAUGUUGACGCGUACAUUCCAUUUCAAUAUUUUGAAGAAAUACUCUCGUACGAUGAUUGAACAAGCAGAAGAGCUAUUGAUGAAAAUCCAGGCUGAAGUUGGCAACAACCAAACCGAUGUACUGCCCUUCAUAACAAAAACAACGCUAAACGUCAUGUGUGAGACAGCUAUGGGUACCUCAAUGAAGGAAGACCAACAAAUAAUAUCAGAUAAAUAUUUUCAAGCUAUUCACACGAUCGGCCAAUCUGUUGUCCAAAGAUUAGUAAGAGUUUGGUUAUACAUCGACGCUACAUUUGCUUGCUCUAAAAUUGGGAAAAUUCAGAAAAAAGCCAUUAAAGAUCUCCAUGAGUUUACCAUGAAAAUAAUACAGGAGAGAAAAGCAUAUUUGACAAAUAAUAAUGUUAUAACAAAUGCAGAUGGAGAUGAUGAAGUAUACGGUAAAACAGGUAGACUAGCAAUGCUGGAUUUACUUCUGGAAAAUGAGAAACAAGGAAUGAUAGAUGUUGAGGGUAUCAGGGAAGAAGUUGAUACAUUUAUGUUUGAGGGCCAUGACACAACGGCAAUGGCGCUUUCUUUUAUGAUAAUGCGAAUUGCUAAUGAGCCAGAUAUUCAAAUUUCGAUAUAUGAAGAAAUGCUGAGUAUUUUUGGCGAAUCUCAGAGACGUCCAACUUUAGAGGAUCUUGCCAAAAUGAAGUAUUUAGAAUGCUGCAUUAAAGAAUCUCUUAGACUUUACCCUAGCGUUCCAUUCAUAUCCAGAUAUAUUGCAGAAGAAGUUGAACUAAGUGGAUACACAAUUCCUUCAGGUACCCUGUGUCAAAUCCAUGUAUUUGACAUCCAUCGCAAUGAACACCUGUAUCCUAACCCUAAUAAGUUUAUUCCCGAGCGAUUUAUUUCUGAAAACCAUACAUUGCGGCACCCUUAUGCAUAUCUUCCCUUUAGUGCAGGACCAAGAAACUGCAUAGGUCAAAAGUUUGCUAUGAUGGAAAUGAAGAUAAUGAUGUCAAGUUUACUCAGAAGAUUCCGUGUCGAGCCAGUCACAAAGCCCGACGACAUUACUUUUACAUGUGACCUCGUUCUGCGCGCCACCCAUCCUUUGUUUGUCCGAUUUUUGCAAAGAAAAUAG